CGUUGGCUCUGAUGGUCUCCACAUUGAAUUGCCCCGCCACAAGGUAUUCCGUAAUUUUGGCUGUUACUCAAGAGUGAACAUUACCGCAGUACACGACGUGAGAGGAUCUGUCUCUGUAUUCGGAAUACUCUUCGACUGCAAAUCUCCACGUGCACAUCUCCAGUUGGAGCUCGCCAGGCUCAGCAAAGGUGAUCUGUUCAAGACGGAACAAUUCAACUAGCGAGGAGAGGUUCCCAUUCCUCGGUAGCGAAUAGUAGCUCUCUUAUAUUGCAGCACAACUUGAUCGCCACGAUCAAGUCCCUUCCCCCCGGCAACGAGCCCACGCACACCCGCCACCGCACGCUGCGCUCAGCGAUCCGGACCAACCAUGCCUUCGGAACCCACCGCCUCGGGCAUCGUAACCGACGAAGUAAGCGGUGAGCGGCACAUCCCCGAGUCUAAGCGAGCCGAUGGCAGCACAAGGAAGGCCAUCAAGAUCCGCCCCGGCUACCGGCCGCCCGAGGACGUCGAGGUCUACAAGAACCGCAUCGCCGAGAACUUCCGCAACCGCGGGAAGGGGCCCGUUCCCGGCGCCGAGGGUCUGAAGGACGACAAGCCGGCGCAGCCAUCAUCAGCUACCGCGAACAAGAACGCCAAGCGGCGGGAGGCGCGUAAGAAGGCCAAGGCCGCUGGCCAGACGCAGAGCGAGAGGCAGAAUGAGGCAGCGCCUGUGGAGGAAGCCGUGAAGGAAAAUGUGGACCCCGAAUUAGAGAAGGAAAAGAAAGUGCGCGCUCUGAAGAAGAAGCUCAGGCAGGCGAAAGAGCUGAGGGAGAAAAAAGAGGGCGGCGAGGCGCUGCUGCCAGAGCAAAUCGCAAAGGUUAUCAAGAUCAACGAGCUCAUCCGAGAGCUGGAUGCGCUAGGGUUCAAUGCCGAGGGCGAACCUAAGAGUGGGACGGGCGGGUCCAAGUUGAGAGGCUCAGAAACCUCCAGCUGAAAGACCAGUAAGGCAGGCUUGGAGAAGAAAUAUGUUCAAGUUGGGCUAUCGCCGACCCAGUGUCCAGCGGCACUGCCGAGGGGUCAGCGACAGUUGCUGCAACUCCCCUCCAGGCUCCAUCCAGCGUUGCACCUUGGCAGAAUGCAGAUUUUGAGGUCCGGCGGUGUGGAGCUGUUGGGUGAUG